AUGUACCACUCUCUUCUUGAUCGACGACGCGACGCCGUCGCCGCUUGUGUGCAGCUAUUAAGCGACAGCAGUAGGGACAUGGCGCUAGAUCCGCGCUUCUAUCACCACAUCGGCCAUCCGGGCCCGGGCUCGAUAUCUUCAGCCGCUUCAUCCGACAUAUCGGCCGCCACAGGAAUCACCUCACCCAGCAUUAUCUCCACCUCCGCUUCCGCCGCCACGCUCCGAUCCACAGCUUCAAGUCCUUCCUUCCGCGCGCGAGAGGGGUUCGCGAUAUCCAAUACUAGAGAUGGGAUGGCUAGCCCAACACCAGGGGGAAAUGUGCGCGUCGUCGUGCGAGUGCGGAAGUUCUUACCUCGAGAAAUCGAUCGCAAGGCAGAAUGUUUGAUUUCGAUGGACCCGCGCACGCAGAUGACCUGCCUUCAAGCACCGAAACCCAAACCCGGCGAUCAAGGAAAACCCAAGUCACAGGCCCGCGGCAAGAUCUUGGAAGAUAAAUCUUUUACAUUCGAUAAUUCCUUUUGGUCCCAUAAUGAGGAGGAUGAGCAUUACGCACACCAGGAAGAUGUCUACAACUCUCUCGGUGAGGAAUUCCUGGAUCACAACUUCGAAGGAUACCACACGUGUAUCUUCGCAUACGGACAGACGGGUUCAGGAAAGAGUUACACCAUGAUGGGAACACCAGAUAGACCCGGUUUGAUUCCUCGGACGUGCGAGGAUCUGUUCCAGCGCAUUGAGAAUUCGCCUUCUCCCGAUAUCAGCUACAACGUCCGAGUGUCUUAUUUCGAAGUAUACAACGAGCAUGUUCGCGAUCUUUUGGUCCCACGGACAGAUCCCCCGCAUUAUCUCCGCAUUCGCGAAUCGCCAUCAGAGGGUCCAUAUGUCAAGGAUUUGACGGAGGUCACCGCAAGGAACUACACUGAAUUGAUGAAGUUUAUGCGAAAGGGCGACGUCUCACGAACCACGGCUAGCACAAAGAUGAACGACACUUCGUCUCGAUCUCACGCAGUCUUUACCAUCACUUUAAAACAGAUCCACCACGACUUGUCAACAGAUGAGACGACUGAGCGCACUGCUCGGAUUCGGUUAGUCGAUCUGGCAGGUUCCGAGCGAGCCAAAUCUACCGAAGCAACUGGCGCUAGACUUCGUGAGGGUGCAAAUAUCAACAAGUCUUUGACUACAUUAGGACGUGUCAUUGCAGCGCUUGCAGAUCCCAAGAAACUCCGCGGCCCACGAAAGGGCAAAGAACUAGUACCAUACCGCGACUCGAUCCUGACAUGGCUAUUGAAGGACAGUCUGGGCGGCAACUCCAAGACUGCGAUGAUUGCCUGUAUUGCACCUGCCGACUACGAAGAGACACUUUCGACCCUUCGUUAUGCGGACCAAGCCAAGAAUAUUCGGACACGCGCACGGGUCAACCAAGAUCAAAUGUCGGCAGCCGAGCGUGAUCAACAGAUUGCGGAGAUGACAGAGACAAUUCGCACUCUUCAACUCAGCGUGAGCCAAGCAGCAGUCAACCAGCGGGCAAGCGAGGCCUCCGAUGAAAGGCUCGAAGAGUACCAGCAGAAAGUCGAGAAAAUGCAACGCCUCAUGGAGGAGAACCAGAUGGUUAGUGAAUGCAAGAUUCGACAACUACAAACAGAAAACGACGCCUUGCGCAUGCAUCUGAAGCUAGCGGUUGAGAGUCUCAAGAACCCAAUCCCACCCAUUACCAUUGAGCAGCGAAAGCCUAGCAUUACGUCCCUGGAGGAUGAGAAUCAACCGCUCAGUCAUGAUCCGGAAGACCGCGAAGGCUCCCCUUUGGUCUCAGAUGCUGAAUCUGACAUGGACGUCUGGGAAGAUGAUGAUACUAUCACCGAUGAUGUCACCGAGCAGGAGGCAGAACAGAUGCAAAAUCACAUGCAUGAUCUUCUUGGUGACCUGAGUAUGUUCAAGAGGAAGCUGGCCACAGACCAUGAACGGUUUCGUCCAAUCGAGGAGCAUGCGACUCGGAAACGGCGUGCCUUGGGAACCAUUGUCAGCAAUCGUUAA